UCUAUUAAUUAAUAUAUAAUAUGAAUACUACAUGCUAAGAAUAAAAAUGUGCGAAUAUAUGAAAGUGAAUUUAAACUCUAAUUUUUUGUUAAAAAAUUUAUGUGAAAUUAAAGAAGAAUUUAUUUUAAAAUCAUCUUUAUGCAAUGGCUACCAAAAAAACUACGGGACAAAUCGCGUUAUCACUACACAGUUUUGUAUACACAAUAUUUGAUUUUCUAUUGGCUUUUGUUCGUAAAAUUACAUAUAAAACGUCAACAUUGGCAAAAAAUUACUUUGUCCAGAAACAACAAAAGUUUAAUUUUGGUGUUCAAUACAUGCAGGUACCAAAAAUAAAUAACAAUAAAUUGGAUUUACAAAUUAAAAUGUAUUUGGAAUUAAUGAAAAGUAAAGUUGUUCUAAAGUCGUUUUUAAAUUCUGAUGCAACAACUAUGGCUCCUAAUCAAACUCUAAUGACGAGCAUAAAUAAAAAUAUGUUAUCUGAAGUAAUAUUGACUGGAAAUCUUGAAGCAACUAUGGAUUUAAAAUUAUCCACCAGCUCAGGUUCAACAUUUUGUUAUUUUGUAGUUGACAAUCAGCCUCUGGUACGACGUAAGUGUGUGGAAAACCUAAAAACCAUGAACAGAAUGGCUGCGAAAGCUCAUAAUAAAAAUAACGAAAUCGAAAGUCACUUUCAAGGUGACUUAUCGCAUAAUCUCGAUAAUAGUACAAAUACAAACACAUCGACAUCCAUUGAUCAACUAUGGAAUCCUGUUUUGCCAAACAUGACGGCUAUUGAAACAGAUGAUGAAGACGAUGCAGAACCUAAAUAUAUUGAUUUCAUCCGAACUCGAACACCUCGCCAACGCUGCAUUUCGGAAAAUAGUGAUGACUUUAUAUGUUUUGUUGAUGAUAACGAUAAUUGCCAAAGUGAUGAAUGCGCGGAUUAUAUAGAUUUUAGCAGCAGCAGUAUAAGUGAUUCUGAUGAAGAUGAAGAUAAUGAGAGUUGCUUGUCCGAUUGUAGUAAUGAUGAAAAUACUAUCGAUAACGAUACGGCCGAAGUACACGACUACACACCAAGUAUUAAAAAGGUUCGUUUUAACUUAAAACCUCAAGUACACGUAAUGCAUACCUGGAAUUUCGCUUAUCGACAUGCGCGUAAAGGUCAUUGGGAGGAUUUAGCGCGCGAUCGUACAAGAUUCUUUUUAAGAAUACAACGAGCUUCUGCUUAUUUGGAUCCAAUAUUAAAUAUUGAACACCGUAGUAAAAUUUAUAAAGAUCGAUUUGAAAAACUAAAAACUGAAUGAAAAAAUUAAAAAAUUAAAAAAAAAAAAAGGAAAAAAAAUAAGAAAAAUGUUAGUGUAUAUAGAUUAUGAAAAUGCAGUUUUAAUGUAUAUACAUAGAUUAUAACUAGUUACAUGAACAU